UGUUUUGUUGACUUUUUAGGAAUUUGUCAUGGUUGUUGUGGUGUGAACCAAGUUGAUGUUUCUAUGAAACAAGAAUAAUCUAGCCUUUUUAAAUACCUCAAGAUGCCGAGGACUUAUAAAAGAGAUCCGAGGGCCAAACAUCACCGCCCUGUUGAUGAAGAAGCCAUAAAACGAGCACUAGAUGCCGUGGCAAAAGGCAUGUCUAUUAGAAAAGCUGGAGAGCAGUUUAAAAUCUCAAAAUCAGCGCUGCACCGAUACGCAAAAAAAGCAAGAAGUGGACGAAAGUUGACUUUUAAAAAGAAAGGAGGACAGACCGCGUUGGACUCAAAGUUAGAGCAAGAAAUCAGUGCUAGCCUAUCUAAGUGUGGUGAAUGGGGUUAUCCUCUGAGUACAUUUGAUGUUCGUUGUUUUGUUAAGUAUCAUUUGGAUAUAGAAGGGAAGAAUGUAUUAAAAUUUAAAAAUAACUUUCCUGGUGCAGACUGGGCUGAUGGGUUUUUAUCAAGACACAAGGCCAUUCUGUCCCAAAGAAUGUGCCAAAACAUUAAAAGAAGUAGAGCGAAAUUAUCUCCAAAAGUAAUCAAUGACUAUUUUGAUGAGUUGAAGGACACUGUUACAGAUGUUCCUCCCGAUAUGAUAAUCAAUUAUGAUGAGACUGCGUUGUCCGAUGACCCAGGCCGUCGGAAACUAAUUUUUUAAAAGGGGUUGUAAAUACCCUGAGCGAGUUAUGAACGAAAGUAAGAGCAAUGUGUCUGUGAUGUUUGCUGCCACUGCUUCUGGCAAAAUGCUGGCUCCUUAC